AUGAAAGCUGUUCAAGAUCGUCAGAAAUCAUAUGCAGAUUUAGGACGGAAACCAGCAAAAUUUCAAGUGGGAGAAAGAGUUCUUCUAAGAGUAUCACCAACCAAAGGAGUUAUGCGAUUUGGGAAGAAGGGUAAACUAAGUCUAAGAUUUAUUGGUCCGUAUGAAAUCUUGGAUAAGAUUGGUCAAGUAGCUUACCGGUUGGCCUUACCUAUGAAAUUGGAUAAGGUGCAUGAUGUAUUCCAUGUGUCUCAACUGAAGAGGUACGUUCACGAUGCUUCGCAUGUGAUCAACCCUGAGGUUGUGGAGAUGGAUGAAUCUCUCUCGUAUGAGGAAAAGCCAGUAAAGAUAUUGGAUUCUAAGACCCGUGAUACCCGAAAGAAAUCCAUAAGGCUUGUGAAAGUAUUGUGGUCCAACCACUUAGCUGAGGAAGCAACGUGGGAAGUUGAGGAGGAUAUGAGAAAUCGGUAUCCGGAUUUAUUUGCUUCAGGGUACUAUGUUUUGUGA